CGGGGGGCGGCGGAGGCGGCGGCGGCGGGCGCGCCGGGCGUCGAGUAGCGAGGCUCCGUCCGCGGCCCGGACUCCGAUUUCGAUCUAACCCGGCCGCGUCGCCUUGUGCGUAAAAUCUCGCUCGCGUGACGCCUGCAGUUCCAUCUGCGGGUAGCGAGCGUGCGGACCGCCCGGCACCUCAACGCCCGGCGCUGUGGACUGGACCUGUUCGCUCGCUGGGCGCCGCCAACUGCCGACGCGUUUGCUUCCUGCAAUAGAGCCGCCACGUAGGUACCGUGGGGUGCCGGCCGCAGUGGCGCGGUCGCCGUGAAGGGCUCGAACCCGCUCGCAGCGCGCAGGGCCCAGCGCCCGACCAGUGCCCCGCCCCCGCUGCCCGCACGCCGCCUCUCGUCAUGACCAGCGCAUCCGGGCUGCACGUAGAGCCCGUCGCAGCCGCCGCCGCAGCCGUCGCCACCGCCGCCGCCGCCACGGGAGUUCAAUGGAGGCGGGAGGUGAUGUGCGCGGCAGGCCCCCGGUGCUCGCGUCCCUGGUGCCGGAAGCGCAGCACCUGGACACUGUGAGGGCGCUGCACCAGACGGUGGUGGCGCUGCGCGUGGCGCUAGAGAAGUCUCGCGCGGAACUACAGGAGCUCAGGCAGAAGGUGCAGACGCACAUCGACACCAGCGUGUACGUGGACACGAUCGAGCGGCUGUCUCUGGAGAACCACGUCCUCCGCCAGCGCGUGCUCUCGGCCAGCGACUCCUCGGACGGGCACGCGCAGGGGCCCGGGCACGCGGCGGGCUAUGCCCUGCGGAGGGACACGCCCUCGCCAGGCGCCGCCACCUACACGCUGAGCCCUGUGCCCGAAGCCAUGGACAAGGUCGCCUCUCCGCUCUCCGCCUCUCCCAGGGAAAAGUAAGCGCGCGGCAGCGUUUUCUCAGCCUCCUGCACGG